AUGUCAAAUCACUCCAUAAUCCGCAUUACCAAGGAGUUGGCAGAUAUUCAGAGAUCUUCAGACUUGUCUCUGGCUGUCGCCUGUCGGGACGUGGACGUUCGCAACGUGAAAGCCAUCAUCAUCGGCCCCUCCGACUCCCCAUAUGAAUUCGGGUUUUUCGAGUUUGCAGUGAAGUUUGGCAAGGAUUAUCCUGGAAAGGCACCUUCUGUACAAUCAACUACGACAAAUGGAGGCAGGUGCAGAUUCAAUCCGAAUAUAUAUGCUCAAGGAAAAGUCUGUUUGUCCAUUUUAGGUACCUGGAGGGGAGAAAGAGGCGAGGAGUGGUCGUCAGCGCAAGGGGUUGAGUCGAUCUUGAUUUCAAUACAAAGUCUUAUGUCUUCCAACCCAUACGAAAACGAACCAGGAUUUGAAACAGCCAAUGAUGAGAAUGACAAGAAGAAUCAGAGGGACUAUGUCGCAAAGAUACGCCAUGAGACUCUUCGCAUCACUGUCAUUCAACGGUUAGAGGAGUAUUUGGGCAUUUCUCCUUCGGGUAUCGUGCUCCCGCAGUCCCGUGGUUCUGGGUACGAUAGUGAGGACGAUGACCGAGACAAUGAUAGAGACUUUGAAGAGUCUUCUGUGAACUUUGAGCCUUUUAAAGACCUAUGCAAAAGGCGGUUUCUCUGGUACUAUGACUCAUAUCUUCUCGCCAUCAGCAAGGCAAAACUGGAAGUCAAAGAUGGUCAACAAUUCACGCGCAUGCCAUUCGAAUGCACGGGCAACUGCAUGGAAGGAAAAUUCAAUUACACGGAAUUAGAGAGACGCCUGAACUUUAUCAAAAAGACCCUCGACACCGAGACUGAAAGAUGGGCCACCGAAGGGCUAGUCAUCAAAAAACGUGAAGGCACUGCGGCCGCAAAUCUUCAAAGACAAUUUGAACAAGUGGUCGAGGCAUACAAGCGGGAUAAGAAUGUUACAUUGACCAUUGAGCUGGUUGAUAAAAAUCCGUUUGUUUGGGAUAUCACCUACUUUGGCCGACCCAUGACAAAUCUUGAUGGGGGACUAUUCAAGAUUAAACUCUUCUUUAGUCCUCAUUUCCCAGACGAACAGCCAAGAGCCAGAUUCGAGACACAGCUAUUUCACCAUCGGAUUGCGCCGGAUGGAACACCUUGCUACACCACUAAACGCGUUGAGGAUGCCAAAUCACAUAUUGAAGCUAUCAUCGCGGCCCUGGAAGAAGAGCAUCCGCCAUAUGAUCCUCGGACAAUGGUCAACCCGGAAGCGGCGAAAUUGUUCUGGGGGUCGCCUGAAGAUAAGAAAAUGUACAACCGAAAACUCCGUAGAGCAGUUCAGCGGUCAAUGGAGGAAUGA